AUGGCUUUCACAAAAGGGACAAUGAUUCUCGUUUUUUGCGUCUUGGCGCUACUGACCUUACCGCAAUCCAACCAUGGAGGACACAUCUCAAUACUCGUCUCUGAAACCGGUCUUGAAUUCGCGAAAGAUUUCCUCAUCAACAAGGUGAUCGCUACGACGAUUCCGCUUCAGCUACCGAGCAUCGAGAAGAAGGUUAGAAUCCCUUUGAUCGGGAAAGUUCGAAUGGGUCUAUCUAAUAUUCAGAUUAACGCCGUUAAUGUUCAGUCGUCGAAGAUCGAGACAGGAGGAAAUGGGAUCGGUUUGAGUGUUUCAGGCGCAACGGCAGAUUUGAUCAUGGAUUGGUCUUAUCUCUAUAAAGCUUCCUUCUUUAAGAUUUCCGAUCAUGGAAACGCUUCUGUUAAGGUUAAUGGAAUGGAUUUGAAAACGACUGUGACUCUCGUUGAUAAUAAUGGAAGUCUAAAAAUAGCCUCAAGGGGAAGUGACUGUAAAGUGAGAAGCAUCGGUAUUCAUAUCAAUGGUGGUGCUUCUUGGCUAUAUCAAGGGUAUUGUUUUGUUUGA